AUGCUGCGUGUCCACGGAACAUCAGGGGAAGAGCUGGCGGCCAUUAGUUUGGAUGAGAUCAGUGAUGUGAUGGACGUAAAAUAUAAACUGCGCGGCAUUCGCAGCUUGCCAGUAUGUUGUCAGCAGCUUCUGCACAACGGCAGCAGCUUAGAGGAUGGCACUAAACUGGAGGGCCCCAUGGAAAUGCAGCUGGUCCUAUUGUCCAUGUCUACUCCAAGGCUCCAAUAUGAGGCUUCAGUGGAACUUAUCUUCUGUGCCUCAAACUUAGGUGACGCAAAGGUUGCCCAUUUCCUGUUGGAAGCGGGCGCUGACAAGGACCUACAGGAUGAGUAUGGCGACACAUCUUUGAUUUGUGCGGCUGGAAAUAGCCAUGUGGAGGUGGCACGAUUGCUGCUGGAAGCUGGUGCUGACAAAAACAUGCAGAAUUAUUCCGGCGAAACAGCUCUGAUGGCUGCAGUGAGCGUUAACGGAGAGGAGAUUGUACAGUUGUUGCUGGCAUCUCGUGCUCGGAUGGAUCUGCGUAACGACAACCGUGACACAGCUCUGAUGCUUUCGACUGGAUACGGCCACCUGGGGUUGGCGCAGUUGCUGCUGGAUGCCGAUGCGGAUGUUGACUUGCUGAAUUAUUCUGGUGACACAGCCCUCAUUUGCGCAGCACAAAGAGGCCAGAUGGAGACUGUGCGCCUGCUGUUGAAGGCUGGUGCCGGGAAGGAUUAUAGGGGUGGAUUUGGCAACACGGCUCUGAUCUGUGCGGCUCCUAAAGGAUUUGAUGAUGUGGUGCGUUUGCUGCUGGACGCUGGUGCUGACACAGACUGCCAGAAUCAUUCCGGCGACACCGCACUCAUCCGCGCAGCCAGCAUCAAUGGAGUGGAAGUGGUACGCUUGCUGUUGGAAGCUGGUGCGCACAAGGACCUGCAGAAUCGCCGCGGGGAGACAGCCCUCAUUUGUGCGGCUGAAACUGGCAACGCGAAAAUUGUGCGGCUGCUGCUAGAAGCCCGUGCAGACAAAGAUUUGCAGAGCAACCAUGGCGACGCAGCUCUAGUAUAUGCAUCUGAGAGAGGUCACAAGGAGAUUGUACGAUUGCUGAGGCCUUCCAAACGCAGCUCUGACCCUCGCAGCUGA